UAAUAGAAUCGACGUCAACAAUUCAGAUAGACGAAACCUAGAUUGAUUGCGCUUGUCGUUCCAUCGCCAACUUGUAAUACACCAAAUGCGAUUUCCGUAAACCGUGGCCCGUGUAUAAUGGAAAGGGAAAUGACAUGUGCGUGUUAGCGUUAUUAAAGCGAGCCUUUUUAGCAGCAUGGGAAAUUCAGGAGACACUAUAAAAUAUCCGAUAGGCGGGGAACUACUGUAUUGGAUAUAGCUUCGGACUAAAAGCGACACACGUCUUUCGUAUUAGAAUGUUUGACAAAUAAGGAGAGAAAUUAAAGCCGAUAAGAUGGACAAAAGAUUUCGAUGUCUUAAAAGACCGCAUGUUCUUCCAAAGCUGUUAUGAUUCUGACACAUGUUUGAAUACUAAGAUUAACGGAAUAAAUACGCAAAUUAAUCGUUCAAUUAAAACGACAAAAUUUCCUGAAAUUAUCAAUCCACAGUGACAAUCAAAUUAAUCAGGAAUUUUGCCUACUCUGCAAAUGAAUACUUAAUAUGGCAAACAGAUAUUUGCCACUGGAUAUUGUUUGUGUUCGAUUUUUCACAUAUAAGCGCUAAAUCGUCUUUGAAAACAAAUAUAUACUUUAAAUGUAUUUUUAAAUUUGUCUUUUUCAGAAAAAAGGAGUUCUUUCUGUAUAAUUUAUCAAUUAUUUGUUAUAGUGUAUAUUUCGUCUUCAGUUCAUAAUCGAAAACAGUCUUCAUAAGUUUCUAUACGAUAACAGACGGAACAGUUUGUAUUACAUAAUUCUAUAUAUAACUAAUACGAUGGAUAAUACAACAUCUGUAUUUUCAAAUACAUCUGGAUUUGACACUGUAGGACCCAUACCAGGUCCAGAGAAUGUCACAACUGCUGAAAUUGCUAGUUUUUCAACUAUGUUCUUUGUAAUAGGAAUCGUUGGAAUCACCGGAAAUAUUUUAGUAGUUUACAUUGUCUUUAGUGACGCCAAGAUGAGACUCUCUAUGACAAACAUGCUAAUUGUAAACCUAGCUGUGGCCGAUCUAUUAAUUUUGUUGUUCGGUAUUCCAGAAAUAGUUCAAUUUAUGAUUAAUAAAGGCUGGCUUCUAGGACCGGAAAUGUGCAAGACUCAGAGAUCGAUCCUAGUGUGUGCUUUGUACUCGUCUGUCAUGACCCUCCUGGCACUGUGUGUUGAAAGAUUCAUCGCCAUAGUGUUUCCAAUCAAGGCUCACAUCGUGUGUACCCGACGCCGUACCCUGUAUGUUAUCGUCAUGGUAUGGCUUCUUGCCAUUGUGCUAUCUGCGCCGACUAUCUUGUUUAAUACCGUGACUAGCUUCAAUAAUACCGAGACUGAUAUACAAUUCUGUGUUCUCGUAUUUCCACACGACCAUCUUCGUAUGUUCUUAGUGUUCAAAUAUACAGAAGCUAUGCUCUUUUAUUUUAUACCGUUACUUGUGCAAAUUGUGUGCUACGUAAUUAUAGGCAAAUACCUGUUUAUUGGAAUAAACGAGCUGCAUGGACAAAAUGUGCGUCAAAGCCCUGGAACUCCCAAGAAGUGUUCGGAUACAAUUAGUGCUCGGCGCGGUGUUAUCAAAAUGCUUGUUGUCAGCGUUCUUUUGUAUUUCGUUAGCUAUUCCCCACACCAAAUUCUUCUCAUCUACAAUACUGUUUCUCCCGUGCCAUUUCAUCAAAACUGGGGCUUUCUUGUAGGCGUCACUGUACUUGCCUAUCUGAACUCAGCAGGAAACCCCAUCAUCUACUGUGUGUUUAGCGAUAAAUAUCGUCGCAAGUUUAAGACAAUAUUCACGUGCAGUGAUCGCGAGAGUGCACGUCAGAAUAGUGAUACACUGAUGUUACACUCUUCAACUCCAGCUACGGAAUAUACGCUUCUCUAUAGAAAAUCAACUAGAAUUACCAACCAAAAUAGAUAGAUAUUUCUCACAAAAUAUUAACAUGUGAUUUUAAUAUUGUUUUGUCGACAUAGUUGAUAUUUGCUUAAGUACCGCAUAGAGUAGAGGAGUAAUUUGACAGCCUUCCUCAAAUAAAUUUCCAGGAUAUACAAGAAAAUAUCAGUACGUUGUUAAGACAGCAUGAAAGUGGCUUGACAAAAUUUGUGUGAAUACAAUGAUUUUACGCUGAAUCGCAGUCUGGUUAAAUUCACCUCGUAUUAACGCUAUACAUCGGAUCCGAAGACAAACUAUAGAGGGUCGCGUUCAUGUCACAUUUUUUAAGAUAGUGCAGAAACAAAAGGUCAUGUUCUAAUGUUAAUAAUAUGACGAAACUUCUGUUCUAUAAAAAGAUCAUUUUAGCCCUAUUAAUUCAAACGCUUGUUGAAACAAGCCGUCUGAUUGGUUCAAAUAAAAUUAGAUUUGUGGAAAUAAAAAUAGCAAUAUUGGAAAUCCGAUUACACAGAAAGAUGAAUUUAGAUAGGCGACAUCAGAUCUAACAUAUAGGAAGAUCGAGAGCAGACUGCGUUGAAUCGAAAACUUUUACAUUUAAUUAAUUUUUUUUUUUGCAUUAAAACGUCCCGUAUUUACCAAAUUUGCGGAAUAGUUAACAGGGCCGAACGCUCGAUUUGCAACGUUCAUUGCAUGAUCGUAAGAGGCGACUAAUAGGUCUUAACACUUGGUUUUGCAGUAACUCUGUGAUUCCAGCAGGUAUGCAAAUUUUGAUUCCAUACCUCAUGUUUUUAUUUCGAAGUAAAUGAGAUGUGGAACCAAAAUUUGUAGUCCUGGCCCCAGUUUCACAAAACAAAAACUUAAGUAAUUACUUAGUUAAGUAUGUUAGUUUAAAAUCAUGCUAUGCUUAAGCUAUUGUUAUUUAAUGUUGAUUUUUUUCUGUACCAAUGUACUUAUAGCUAAAUUAAACUAUGGUAAGUAGUAUUUGUCUGCAGUACUUAUUUCAGUCACGCAAAUAUGAUAUUUCUAUUUAAGCACGAUAUCACGAACUUAGGUAUUUGCUUAAGUAUAUUUCUUAAUUUUAUACUUCAUUUUCUGUAAAAUUCAGAAUUGUUAUGCUUUGAUCUAUGAAAUAGUCAUGUACGGGUCUGAUAUAGAUGAAAAAGUCAACACUGAAGACGCAUAAAGGGCAAAAACAAGCAUUUGAAAUAAAAGACUUAGCUAAGCAAUUACUUCAGUAUUUUCGUGAAAUCGGGGCCUGUAUGGCGCCAUAUAACCUAUACUGUGUUGGUGCGCCGUACAAUCUAAAUAAAUAAAUAAAUAAAUAAAUAAACAUUUUACACAGUUACAUCAUGAAUAUACUUACACAAUACCGGAAUAUGUCCAUGUUACGCAAUGAAAAAAAAAAUUUGCUUUAAUUCUAGGGAAACGAACUUUUUGAUUCCUUGAACUGUUAUAGUAAGUACCUAUAAAAAUAAAGAUCUGAUGCAAGUACCAUGCUUUAUCACUGACACGCUUUUAGGACCUUGCAAACGUUUUUUCAAUUACGACAAUGAAAUAGAAUGAUUUUCAAGCACGAAAUCCCAUGUUGAUGUAAUCAUAUGAGCCGCGCCAUAAGAAAACCAACAUAGUGGGUUUGCGACCACCAUGGAUCCAGACCAGCCUGCGCAUCCGCGCAGUCUGGUCAGGAUCCAUGCUGUUCGCUAACAGUUUCUCUAAUUCCAAUAGGCUUUGAAAGCGAACAGCAUGG